AUGGGCCAAACACUUUCUUCUUCAGCGAAUAACCAAGAUCAAGAUGGGGAUGUUAUAAUGGUAGACGAUUCGGAGAAUAAUACUGGUGAUGCCAGCGAUUUAGACUUUGGUCAUAAUCAUACUGGAGCAACGCACUCUCCAAGGAGAGUUCGUACUCAAACUAGUCGGACUAACUCUCAGGAUCGGACGCAAUUUACAACCUCUUCUACGUUUGAGCAUGCUCCCCAAAAUGGUUCUCCGAGAGUUUUACGAAUGACACCGGCACGACGCAGAAGGCAGCUCUCCAGUUUGUAUCCAUUUUUUCCUUCUGCAGCAACUACAAAUCAAACUCAAAUUCCUCUUAGCAGACCCUUAACUCGACUUCAAAGGUUGCAUCACAAUACUAUUGAAGAUGUUUCACUUGCGCCUAGGCAAACCGAUGCAAUAGCACCAAACUUGUUGAGACGAAAUCGAACUAGAUCUUCGAGUUAUAAUGGGCAAGAACCUUCUACAAGCACUGGGAUAGCUCUUAAUGGUUCAGAGCCAACACAUACUUUGCCAACUUCAGAAACAAUGUUUGAUAUUAGACGUCCUCGUUCGAGUUCGGUUGAUGCGAUAAUUAUUGGUGAUUUGGAUAGUGAUUCAACACGGCCAAACAUUCGUCUCUCUGAUCGCACACGUCGAUCUAACACUCAUAGAGGAUCUUCAACACGUCCAUAUUCUUCGUCUAUUUCUUUGUCCAGUACAUCAUCUUCUAAUUCAAGUUCAUCAACAGCUGGCACUCAAACAGAUCCUUUGGCUGCUCCGCCUACGCAGCAACGUUCAAGAAGAAGAGUUACUCGCAUUUCAGCACGACGUUUUUUUAAUAUUAACGGACAAGAUACUGAAAGCAACGUCAAUAAUA